AUGGAUCUCCACCUCAACGCUCCCUAUUGCAUGGGAACGAUUGUUGGCGUGACUUACGACGACGGCGUCGUCCUUGGCGCAGAUUCCAGGAUGACCAUAGGAAUGCUUGUCGCUAAUGAUUCGGUGUCGGACAAGAUCACCCAGCUAACGGACAAAGUUUAUAUUUGUCGUUCUGGACCGGCUGCUGUUUUGGAGUUUGUCUCAGAUUAUGUUAGAAACAUUCUGGAUCAACAAACAAUUCAAUUUGGGCAACCUGCAACUGUCAAAGCGACGGCUAAUUUAGUUAGAUUAUUCUCUUAUAAAAAUACGAACGCGAUACAAAUGGGGCAGAUGGGUAUGAUUGUUGGUGGAUGGGAUAAGUACGAAGGAGGUCAAAUAUUUGCUGUCGCGCAAGGAGGGACAAUUUUAAAGCUGCCUUAUGCAAUUGAUGGAUCUGGCUCAAGCGGUAUUGAAGGUUUUUUGGACCGAGCAUGGAAAGAAGGGAUGAGCAAAGAUAAAGCCGAGAAAUUAGUAGUGAAAGCUGUAUCGCUCGCUAUAGCCAGCGAUGCAGCGAGUGGAGGAGCUGUUCGUACAGUUACAAUAAACUCUGAUGGCGUCAGGAAAAAUUGCUAUCCGCCCGAUUCGCUACCUCUGUGUGAUGAUAAACGUCGACGGACAAAGACGAAGAAGACGACGACGACCCGUACUGAGCGUCGUAUUGAUGCUCCGAAGCCAUAA